AUGGCGCUCUCCGCCGGUCGCCGGUUCUCCACCACCGCGUCCGCCUCCUCCGCAGCCGCCGCGGCGCCGCCGAAGCUCUCCUCGCUGUUCCGCAACCCGAAGCCUCGACCGCGGCCGGACCCCGGCGUCGAGGCGCCGCGGCGGGGGCCGAGGCCCAGGCCGAGGCAGCCGUGGGAGGAGGAGGCGAGGGCGCUGCUGCGGCGGCUCCACGAGGUGGGCUACCUCCCGGGGCCCGACCUCUCUUCGGCGCCGCACGCUGUCUCCCCCGACGCCGUCAAGACCGCCGCCGAGCGGUUCGGGCACGCCCACCAGCCCGUCGCCAAAUGGCUGUCUGGGAGUGAUUUGAAGAAGGUUGCCUUGUUUGGGUGUCCCACUGUUGAGCGAAGAACGGUUUUCGCAUCAAAAAGAUUAAGAGCCUUCUUCAACAUCCAGGAAGACAAAAUAUGCAGCUCUUGUAAACUGAGAAGUUCGUGCAAGUUUGUGAACCAGGAAGUGCCUAGGCAUAAUAAAGUGAUUCUAUCAGAUACGAUGAGAGUUGUUUCUUUGUUUGUACUGGAUGCUUGCGCGCAGCAACUCCAGGUUACUGCUGAGUUAAAAGCCAGCAUCUGCAAGCUGCUAAAGGACACCAUAAAUCUUAGCAGUUAA